AUGUCGACUUGCUCCCCGAACCCGGCGGCUCCGCCGACACUCAUUUCGGAUGCGCCAGACCGUGUCAACGCCCGCGCCGAGGACACUUGCAUGCAACACCAAGACAAAUCGGUAGACAUUAUUGAUGAGCAGGAUCAUGAGUCAGAAAAUGAUGCAGUCUCAGAAACAAACACGGUGAUUUACGGACAGGAACCGUUCGAGACGAUUCAGCACAAAGUCGCCGCACUAGCCGCGAAAAUAUUCCGGCGAAGCCCGCGAGACAUCACUGUUCAUGAGAUGAAGGGUGGCUCUUUCAACCGAGUCAUCGGCGUCUCCAUUGCACAAAAGGCCAAGAAGUUUACUUUGGCCUGGUUCCUGUUCCCCUGUUUGAGCGCGCGCAAGAAGAAGAAAGCUGCACAAUCAAAGUCGUACGUUGUGCGUGUCCCGCGGACGCGUUACGAGGAUGAGGAUGGUGCCAAAGAUAUGGCCGAAGAUAUGGAAAGGGAGGUGUCAAUCUUGAAGACCGUGGGCUCUCGGCUGCCUUUACCCAUCCCCAAGGUUGCGAGCUAUGAUCUUACCACUGCGAAUAUCUUCGAACGGCCAUAUAUGAUUCAAACCCAUCUCCCUGGUCGCACCCUCGCGACGGACCUUUGGACCAAGCUCAAUAUGGAGCAAAAGAAGCAUCUCGCGAAGGAAAUCACCGCUCUCGCUCCCACCAUCGCUUCAGUGGAAGGAUCAGUCGGCGACAUAUCUUCUCAGAACCUGUACAACCCUCCGAAUUCUCCAGUCCAUACCCAGACGUUUCAUAUAACUAGUCGUGAGAACAAGAAGCCCGAGACGGCUUUGAUUGACGACCCUUUCGUUUACAUGCUUGGGCGAUGCAAGGCGUGGAGCGACUACGAGAAUUCCGAGGGCGCUUCUUUCGAUGACAUCUGGAAAAGCUUCGCAAACAUCACUAGAGCUCUAGACGAUCGUGGCUUUCUCGACGGGCCAUGCGUACUCGUUCAUGGUGAUCUCAAGAUCUACAACAUCCUCGCGGAAGCGGUGAUCACAGGCGUUAUCGACUGGGAUACAGCCAUCAUUGCUCCGGAAUUCAUGGCCUAUAGAGCCCCGUUUUACCUCUGGACGCCUGCGGACAUGUCUAGCGACAAAGAAGACGACGAAAGCGUGGCGAACGUAGAGCUCGCUACUGAUGAGGACAGGAUACUGAAGCAAGUGUUCCUUGACAAUGCGUCCGACAAGUACAAGUUCUUUGCCUUUGCACCAGAGGCAAUGCUCGCUAGACGUAUGUUCUAUUUUUUGCAGAAGGGAAUGUCUGGUAGCUGGGACUAUGAUGAGGCAAAAUUGGUUGUAAAAGCGUGGGAUAAGCUCCACCCCGAGGACAAUGUUCGGUUCCGUCUUGACUGGCAGUCCGACUCUGAGGCUGAGUCUGACUCAGAUGAUGAGCCUACAAAGGACGAUAAGACUACAAAGGACGAUGAGACUGCAAAGGACGAUGAGCCUGGCAAAGACAUUGAGUCCAUAACGGAUGCAGAAGAAGACGAGCCCAUUGUCACGGAGUAG